AUGGCCACCCGCGCUCCCGCGAGGAUCCCCUCGCAGAACCCCGCCCCUCCCACCAGCCAUGCCCAGGUGCAACAGCAGCAGCAGCAGCAGCAGGCGGCGGCAGCGGCCGCGGUGCAGCAGGACGCCCUCUCGGUCAUCCUCGUGACGGCGGGAUACGACCACACCAUCCGCUUCUGGGAGGCAUGGUCCGGCAUCUGCUCGCGCACCAUCCAGCAUCCAGACAGCCAGGUCAACCGCCUCGCCAUCAGCCCAGACAAGCGCUACCUCGCCGCCGCCGCAAACACCCACAUCCGCCUCUACGACUGCAGCGUCAGCCCGCCCCCCAACCUCAACGUCGCAGGCGGGGCUGCCGGCGCCGCCGCAGGGCAGCAGGCCCAGCACGGCAACACCAACCCCGUCGUCACCUACGACGGCCACGUCGGCAACGUCACCAGCAUCGCCUGGCACUGCGACGCAAAGUGGCUCGUAUCGGGCAGCGAGGACGGCACCCUCAAGAUCUGGGACACGAGAACAUCACGCGCCCAGCGCGUCUAUGACCACCGGGCCCCCGUCAACGACGUCGUCGUCCACCCGAACCAGGGCGAGCUGGUAUCGUGCGACCAGGCGGGCAGCGUAAAGGUGUGGGACCUCGGCGAGAACGGCUGCAGUCACGAGCUGGUGCCCGAGGAAGAGGUGCCGAUACGCUCCGUCACCGUGGCGUCGGACGGCAGCUGCCUCGUGGCGGGUAACAACAAGGGCAACGUCUACGUCUGGCGCAUCCAGAACGGCGCCUACGACGUCGAUGGCCAGCCGCUGCCGCCGGGCCAGGGCGACUUUACCGACCUCCAACCGGUAACCAAGUUCUCGGCGCACGAAAAGUACCUGACUCGAUGCCUGCUCAGCCCAGAUGUCAAACACCUUGCCACAUGCUCGGCGGAUGCGACGGUCAAGAUCUGGGACACGUCCAACUACUCGUUUGCGCUGGAAAAGACGCUGGUGGGCCACCAGCGGUGGGUGUGGGACGCGGCGUUCAGUGCUGACAGCGCGUACCUCGUGACGGCCUCUUCGGACCACGUUGCGAGGCUGUGGGAGCUGGCGUCGGGCGAGACGGUGCGGCAGUACAACGGGCACCACCGCGCGGCCGUGUGCGUGGCGCUCAAUGAUUCCUCGCUGAGCUUCUGA